CGGGGGCGGCUCUCGCCGGGUUCGCGGGGUACCGGCUGUCCGAGCGGCGGCGGGAGCCCUCCCGGGAGCCGGCAGCCGCCGAGCCGGGCGGGGCCCGGGCGCUGCUCCCCAUCCCCGUGGCGGCCGCUGCCAAGGAGACGGUGACGGUUACAGAGAACAGAUCAGACCUCGAAGAUUUACACCUUUAUGCAACUCCACGGGAGCAACGGUUUCGUAUGUUUGCCAGUCUGGAAUUUGAAGGACAGCUAUACAUGACUCCACAUGACUUCAUCCAGGCUGUUACAAGUGAUGAUCCCAAAUAUGCUAAAAAGUGGCGAUCCCUUUCAAAGCAGGAGCUGAAUCAGAUUCUUAUGGAGACACCACCAGUUUGGAAAGGAUCAUCCAAACUUUUCCGUAAUCUUAAUGAGAAAGGUGUGAUAUCUUACACAGAAUAUUUAUUCCUCUUAUGUAUUUUAACAAAACCACAUGCAGGUUUUCGAAUUGCUUUCAACAUGUUCGAUACUGAUGGCAAUGAAAUGGUGGACAAAAAGGAAUUCUUAGUGCUCCAAGAGAUCUUCAGGAAAAAAAAUGAGAAGAGAGAAAAAAGAGGAGAUGAAGAAAAACGUGCAAUGCUGCGUCUUCAACUUUAUGGAUAUCAUACUCCUACUAACAAUGUUCUUAAAACAGAAGGAGAGGACCCUGUCCCCAGAAGCUAUUGGGAUACUUUGAGACGUAGCACAAGCCAAGCACUCUUUUCAGACCUUGCGGAGCGUGCUGAUGAUAUUACAAGUUCACUGUCAGAUACGACACUGCUUGUACACUUUUUUGGCAAGAAAGGAAAAGCAGAACUGAACUUUGAAGAUUUUUAUAGAUUUAUGGAUAACCUGCAAACUGAGGUUCUAGAGAUAGAAUUCCUUUCUUACUCUAAUGGCAUGAACACCAUCAGUGAGGAAGACUUUGCCCAUAUUCUCUUGAGGUAUACAAAUGUGGAAAAUACAUCAAGUUACCUGGAAAACAUGCGUGGCAGUAUUCCUGAAGAAAAGGGUAUCACAUUUGAAGAAUUUAGAUCAUUUUUUCAAUUCUUGAACAAUCUAGAGGACUUCACAAUUGCAAUGCAAAUGUAUAAUUUUGCAAGUCGUUCCAUAGGUCAAGAUGAAUUCAAGCGUGCUGUGUAUGUAGCCACAGGUGUGAAGCUCUCACCUCAUUUGGUGAACACAGUGUUCAAGAUUUUUGAUGUCGACAGAGAUGACCAGUUGAGUUAUAAAGAAUUUAUCGGCAUUAUGAAAGACAGACUCAAUCGAGGGUUUAGGGAGACUCCGAAGUAUGGUUGGAAUGAAUAUUACUCUUGUGUGAUGACUGUAACCAGUGAGCAUCUCAGAGAUCUGUGGAAGCAAUUUCGGAGACGAGAUAUGCUGAGAUAAAGGAAGAAAGCAGGAUUAUCUGCACUGGCUAAAAUUAUUUAUUCCCAUGAAUUCUUAAUGAAGAACAAACUAACCCAGGUGAAUGGUGAAUCUUCCAGCUGCACUAUAAAACACAGGACUUCUUUUCCACUUAGUAUAGUGAUCAUCAACUCUUAAAACUGCUUUUCAGUAUGUAUUCUAUUUAAUUGAUGAACUAACUAUGCCAUGUGAGUGGGAGAAGCCUUCUUUCAUAAGAACACCUUUUGAAUAUUAUUUUUUAUUAUUUUGAGAUAAAUUUGUCAUUUAAAAGAAAACAAAAAUAAGUCUUACACCUGGGCAGGAAGAUGUUUGGAGUGAAGAGAAACUGCCUGCAUCAGUUUAGACUGUGAAUUCACUUUCAGAUGAGCACUAUUAAAAGUUUGUGCUAAACUGAAAAUGAGACUACAUUAAGUAGCAUAACAAUUACAUAUGAGUUGAAUGGACAAAUUAAACUCUUACAGGGUGUUAUUUUACAAGGAGUAAAGCUGUUAUGGUCAUAAUGUGAAUGAUAGGUAUUUACCUAGGAAAAGUACUGUAUGUAUGAACUACAAUGUUCAGAUUCUUCAAGUCUUAUUAUUAUGUUUAUGAAUUUCUCCUUUAAAAAAUAGUAGAGAUUUUAAGAUGUCUUACAAGCAGUGUGUCAAAGAAAAGUCAAAAUGUUCAAAUUCAUGUAGCACACACUUUGUAAUAUUUAUUAUAAAUUUUAUUGCCAUACACUGGUAUGUUUCUGGUAGAGUACAAAUUCAUAUGUUUCUUGUGAAUAGUGCACUUUUAUAUGAAGUGGCACUGAGUAGAAAUUAUAGUUGUCUAAUUUGCUACUCUGGAAUGCCAUAUCUGAAAACUAGAUAAAUAGCUUGUGUUUGUGUCAAACAAACAAAAAAAAAAAAAAAAAAAAAAAAAAAAAAAAAAAAAAAAAAAAACAACAAAAAAACAUGAAUGCAAUGAAUGCAUGCACAAUACAGAACAACACUAAGUAAUAUUAUUUGAAUAUUACUUGUUUGCUAUUGAGCAGCAGCAUAUUUCCUUACUGCCUAUUAACAUUAUUGUUAAGUAGUAGGAAUUAAAUCAAGAACACGUAUUUUUUACACCCUUCUUGAAAAGAUUUACUGGAUAAUGAAUAAAUCUGUAUCUGUUUAGGAAAAGACCGUGCCAUUAAAUAAUUCCAGCUGAAUAUGCACACACUUGAACUAAUGUCAAUAAAUUGUCAUCAGAAGCAGAAAUAUUUGGUAAUCAGAUAAUCAAAACAGAACUAAAAUAAUGCUUUUAGAUAUAUUUCUAGUCCAAAUCAUGAAAUAAAAUGUUUUACAAUUUUAUUCAGUGCACAUGUUGCUCAAUUACCAUCUUAAAUAUCAUGUGAAUAGAUGUAUGGUGUCUGUGUAACAGUGCACCUAAGUUUUGAAAUGCUUAAUUUAUAGUAACAUAUAUUUCUGGUAGAAAAAUCAAAACAAAAUGAGAAGGAAGCUUUUUUUAAGAAAUUCCACACUGGGAAUUGUAGAAAAAAAUAUAUCCUAAAUGUGGCUUUUAUCUGAAAAAAAAAAAAAAACCAAAAUGGAGGCCAGUUCAGAAAACUAUCAAAGGAUGAUACUUCAGUUAAUGUUUGUGAUAAAUAAAUUCAAAAUUUCCAACUUGGUGUCCUUAAACUAUUGACAGCAAUAAAUAAAUGAAAUAAAUUGAGAUAAAGGUUCUUGGAUUGACACAGCAGAACACAGAUAAGCUGCAGUCCCUGUGUGAUCCUUUAGGGAAUCAGCGGUAUUCAAUGUAUCGUCUCGGUACGCAAAACUGUCUCACUGCUUCUUGUCAGCGUAUGCAAAACCCAGUUUGCUACUACAGUGGUGAAGGACAAAGAAGAGAGGAGAAAACAUUGGGAGUCACAGAAGGGGUUCCCAUCCUUCCUUUUCAUUCAUGACUGCCACUCACAGUGACCUCCCCCUGGAGGAAGCAGCUGUACCAUCAUUUGGCUGCUCCACUGCCCUAGGCAAUAGUGCACUUUGCUUUUAUGGCUGGCUUGAAGCACUUCUAGCAUUUUUCUAUAUAUUUCCUAUCUAUAGAUACUUAAUAUAAAAUAGAAUGUGAAAGUGUCAGAUUAGUUUUUAAGACUAUUUUUUCUUCAUGUUUAAUAAUAUUAUUUAAUAUAAAUAUGAAUAUAUACAUAUAAUAUUCUUGUUUAUUUCAAAAUAAAUGCACUUGAAACUAA